AUGAUCCAAGAGAAGCUCCGCAACCACUACGCGCCAAAGCCGUCCAAGAUUGCUGCCCGCCAUGCGUUUUACCACCGGAACCAGGCAGAGGGGGAGUCAAUUAACAACUACACCACCGCCCUCCGACAGGCUGCAAUGCACUGCGAGUUCCGAGACUUAGACGAUGCCCUGAUGGAUCGAAUUGUCUGCGGGGUCCGGGACAUCCGUCUGCAACGGCGUCUCCUCACCAAGCCAGACCUCACGCUGCAGAAAGCCAUUGAGGAGGCUGUGGCCUCGGAAGCUGCUGAACGCUCCGCCCAGGAGAUCUGCAAGGCCAGCAGCCCGCGUCUUGCUAGGAAGCCAGUUCCAGUGCAUCAUGAAGAUGCCAGCAGUGAUGAGGCAUCCUCCAGUGAAGACGAUGACGUGCACCAGACAAAGCGGGAGCGCAGGAAGUUCCAACAGAAGUCCAAGGGCCAAUCGGAAUGUGCUGGCUGCAGAGGCAACCAUUCCCAUGCCAAGUGUCGAUUCAGAGACGCCAUCUGUCGGACGUGUUCCAGAAGGGGCCACAUCGCUAAGGUCUGCCGAUUGGCUCCGUCUGACACCCCCCCCUUCACCGACUCACAAGUCCAAGUCUUUACUCCAGUCUGGCAAGGAAAGCUGUUUCGCUCUCACCAACUGCCGCUGCCCGUCUGGAACCACAAUUGGCCAAACUGA